CAGGAAAUCUGAGAUUCACAACAUCUUAUAGCUUGGCUUGCCAUCCCUGGUCAUGUGGUGGGCCCGAAAUAAACUCCCUGCUUCAAAGGAGAGCGUUGCAGAACUGCCUGGCACGGCAGCCAGCUCAGGGCCAGCACAGGAGGCAAACCCAGGGAGCAUGUUCUGAAUUCAGACACUGGAGAAAAUCUUCUGUUACUCUGACCCGUGGCCCCUGCCGCAGAGCCACACAGGACUUUCUGAUCUGCCCUUUCCUCAUCCCUGCCACGUGUCUUUCCUGGAAGCCAGGGGGAGGUGGCCAAGAUGGCAACAGAGAUCAGCGCUCCGGGCAGACAGCGCCUCAUCGGAAACGAGGAGUACAGUCUGUACAGCAGCCUCAGCGAGGAGGAGCUGGUUCACAUGGCCAUCGAGCAGAGCUUGGCUGACAAGCCACGGGGCCCGACCCCUGCUGACGCUACUGCAUCCACUCGGGCCAAUGGCCAGCCUGCCCAUUUCUACCCAUGGACCAGGUCCUCUGCGCCUCCAGAGAGCCCGCCAGCCCACGCCCCCCCUCUGGGCCUGUUCCAAGGGGUCAUGCAGAAGUAUAGCAGCAGUUUGUUCAAGACCUCUCAGCUGACGACCACGGACCCUGUGCUGAAAGCCAUCAAGGAAGGCAACGAAGAAGCCUUGAAGGGCAUGAUCAAGGACGGGAAGAACCUGGCAGAGCCCAACAAGGAGGGCUGGCUGCCAUUGCACGAGGCUGCCUACUAUGGCCAGCUGGGCUGCCUGAAGGUCCUGCAGCGAGCCUAUCCAGGGGCCAUUGACCAGCGCACACUACAGGAAGAGACAGCGCUGUAUCUGGCUACCUGCAGGGAACAUUUGGACUGUCUGCUGUCUCUGCUCCAGGCCGGGGCAGAGCCUGACAUCUCCAACAAGAACAGAGAGACACCUCUCUACAAAGCCUGCGAGCGCAAGAACGCUGAGGCGGUGAGGAUCCUGGUGCAGCACCACGCGGACACCAACCACCGCUGUAACCGUGGCUGGACGGCGCUGCACGAGUCUGUCUCACGCAAUGACCUGGAGGUCAUGGAGAUCCUGGUGGGUGGUGGGGCCAAGGUGGAGGCCAAGAACGCCUAUGGAAUUACGCCCUUGUUCGUGGCAGCCCAAAGUGGGCAGAUGGAGGCCCUGAGGUUCCUGGCCAAGCACGGUGCCGACAUCAACACACAGGCCAGUGACAGUGCCUCUGCCCUCUACGAGGCCUGCAAGAACGAGCACGAGGAGGUGGUGGAGUUCCUGUUGUCGCAGGGCGCUGACGCCAACAAGGCCAACAAGGAUGGCCUGCUCCCGCUGCACGUGGCCUCCAAGAAGGGCAACUACAGGAUCGUGCAGAUGCUGCUGCCGGUGACGAGCCGCACGCGCGUGCGCCGCAGCGGCAUCAGCCCGCUGCACCUGGCGGCCGAGCGCAACCACGACGCCGUGCUGGAGGCGCUGCUGGCGGCGCGCUUCGACGUGAACGCGCCGCUGGCGCCCGAGCGCGCGCGCCUCUACGAGGACCGCCGCAGCUCGGCGCUCUACUUCGCCGUGGUCAACAACAACGUGUACGCCACCGAGCUGCUGCUGCUGGCCGGCGCCGACCCCAACCGCGACGUCAUCAGCCCCCUGCUCGUGGCCAUCCGCCACGGCUGCCUGCGCACCAUGCAGCUGCUGCUCGACCACGGCGCCGACAUCGACGCCUACGUCGCCACGCACCCCACCGCCUUCCCGGCCACCAUCAUGUUCGCCAUGAAGUGCCUGUCCCUGCUCAAGUUCCUCAUGGACCUCGGCUGCGACGGCGAGCCCUGCUUCUCGUGCCUGUACGGCAACGGCCCGCACCCGCCCGCGCCGCCGCGCUCCGGCCGCUUCCACGACGAGCCCGCCGACGGCAAGGCGCCGUGCGCGGUGCAGUUCUGUGAGUUCCUGUCUGCCCCAGAGGUGAGCCGCUGGGCAGGGCCCAUCAUCGAUGUCCUCCUGGACUACGUGGGCAACGUGCAGCUGUGUUCACGGCUGAAGGAGCACAUCGACAGCUAUGAGGACUGGGCAGUCAUCAAGGAGAAGGCAGAACCUCCUAGACCUCUGGCUCACCUCUGCCGGCUGCGGGUUCGGAAAGCCAUUGGGAAAUACCGGAUAAAACUCCUGGACACGUUGCCACUCCCAGGCAGGCUGAUCAGAUACCUGAAAUAUGAGAACGCUCAGUAAUGGCCUUGAGGAGGAGGAAGAGGAGGAGCGGCCUCAGACUAUUUGUAUGACGUCUCAGGAUGGUGAUGUCCACAUCCAAGGGCAUCUUGUGACAGAACGAGCCUGCGGGUGCCGGGUUUCAGCAACAGAGCUUUGCCCAGAGUAAGAGCUCAGUGAAUCCGGUAGAGCUGCUUAUUUCAAACUGUUGAAUGGAUUCCAGGUCAGCUCUACCCUUGGGCAGGCUAAAGACCUUGGUACUGGGGCCAGGGCAGAGCUUGAGUUGGCCUGGGAAAGGCAGUCCCGUGGGGACGCUGGCCCCUAUCUGGACUGCAUUGGGGAAACAAGGAUGACUUUGCUGUGUCACCCUUCCGCUGGACUUUGAACUUUCUCCUCAAAGUCGAGGCACACAUCCAGGAAGGAGACCCUUGAUCCAGAGGGCUUCCCUGGGCACAAUAAAUAUUGCACACAGA